CUAAUAUUUAUCAAUUGGAUUUAUUGGCCUGGAACAUGCCAUAGUGACUUUAAUUCUAAGUGAAUUAAGAAUAGAAACCAGGACAACAUUUUCUUUGAAAUUAUAUUUACAUAUUAGCAAUAAUUGUUUAAAACAUUCAGGACAUAUAAAACUCAGCGGCCGAUUUGAUCAAGUUCACCACUGGACGAAAAUUGAAUAUUAAGGAAUUCAACUUUGAGACUUUUUUGUUUAGCGACAUGGAUUGUGUAUACAUUAACGUCGGUGGGACAUUGUUUCAGACGAAACUCUCAACUCUUAAGAAAUACCCUAAUACACUAUUGGGUUCAUUAACAAUAUCUUCCGAAUUUUAUAAUAAGGAACAUGAACAGUUUUACUUUGAUAGAAAUCCAGAACUUUUUAAUACUGUGUUGGACUAUUAUAGAAAUGAUGUUAUUCAUCUUCCAACACAUUUAUGCGGAUGGUUAUGGAAGUCUGAAUUAGAGUUUUGGAAAAUUCCUUUAGCACACAUCUCAGAGUGUUGUUUCCAAACUUACGUCAAAUACGACGAGAAAGAGACUACAGCGACAAAGCUAAGAGAAAUGUUUGCGACAGCGUCAUUUGAAAAUUCCUACUUACCUUCUCCAUUUAAUAAAAUUCGACACAGAGUAUGGCAGUUCAUUGAUGAACCGGCUUCAUCCACAUAUGCUAGGGUAUUUAGCAUCAUAUUUCUCGUCACCGUGGUUGUUUCAGCAAUUAUACCAUGCCUACAAACACACCCAAACGUCCGGAUACAACGCUUCAACGAAACAACGAUAGACCAAUAUAUCCUGCUUAAUCCUGACACAUGGGUUAAUCCUGAUAAUCACAAGGAAGUCCUAUUACUGUCUACAUAUGAGCCGUCUUGGCUUUAUAAUUUGAACUUGUUUACCAUAGUUUUCUUCACAUUGGAAUCUAUUGUACGUUUCGUGUCGUGCCCAUCGAAAUGCAGGUUUUUCUUGGAAUGGUUAAAUGUUUUAGAUCUUUUCUUAAACAUAGUAAUGUGGUCCCGCUUUAUCAUCGCCCGGAGCAUUUCAGAUGUCAUAGCUGAGUCACAACAUGUAAUACUAAUGCAUUUUAUCAGUUUUUGUUCCGCAGCCUCUGUAUUGCGCUUACUUAAGUUUUUUAGGGUUGCAAAACAGUACAAUAGUUUGCGAAUAUUAUUUUUAGCAGUUAGAGCAAGUUUUAAGCAGUUAGGAUUACUUUUGCUGACAUUUAUGAUAAUUGCAUGGGUCUUUUCAAACAUAAUUUACUAUGCUGAAAUCAGACAGCCAGACACGUUCCCUAACAUGUUAGAUGGAUUGUGGUGGUCAAUGGUUACCAUGACUACAGUAGGUUACGGUGAUAUGUAUCCGAAAGGGCCAUUGGGGCGUGUCGUUGGAGCCACGUGUGCGAUGAUUGGCAUACUUGUUAUAGCUAUGCCAAUAGCAGUCAUUGCAGGGAACUUUGAUGAUCUCCAUAAGACAAACAAUAAACGAGAAUGUUAUAACAGGAUUCAGAAAGAGAAGGAAACAGAAAGAAAAGAAUCAAUUAAUUCAGCCCUUUCCAAAGAGAACAAAAUUGUUCCAUUCAUGAAGUCAAAAGAAGAAAAUAAUACGGAAAACUUUCUAACUAUCAAAAUGUAAUAAAUUACCAUUUCAACAUGUUUAAAUAAAUGGCUCAUUAUUUAUAUUAACGUUUGAGGUCAAAUUGAAUGUAUGAAUUACUAAGAAUUAUGAUUUUGAAAGCAGUCCCAUUAUACACGUACUCAAUAGACCAUUAAUGUAAUGGGUAAAAACACAUAACAAUGUAUGUCGUAGUCAAAGAUACUAUUUUGUUCAAUCUCUAUUAUAAAAUAUUUACACUACGAUCGAUUUAUAACUUGACACACUGUAAUUCAUUUUGUUCAUGUUGUUGGGUUACUGU